CUAUUCAUUCUGUGGCUGUUAUACAGGUGCGCGUUAUUUUCUUUACUCUUCUGUUUUCAAUGCGUUUUGUUGUUUGUUCUCCGUUCUGCAUCAACGAGAAACUAUAUUCUUUUGUGUUGUUUCGUGAAUUUUGAAAUAUACUACGUUUUCGUAAAAUAAUCGUGUAACUCGAUACUUUUAUCCCGACAGUGAAACGUUCUUUGUCAGUUUUGUUAAAAGAUUUUGUUGUUGUGUGUGAAAUCUACAAGUGAAUUUAAACUUUUGAAGUGGUCAGAUCUACGUCCAUUGGUUAGAUUGAUCUGUGACAUGUGUAAUGGAUCUUUGAGGAAAACCUGGAUGACAUAGCGAGAAAAAUUGACAUAAAACUGGCCUCGGAUGUUCAAGCAGACACCAUACAGUUUUUUUAUAUUCUUCAAAGAAAUUAAGUGACAUUAAAUGUUCAGUUAAACUGAUAGCAAUAUGACAUUUCGUGUGAUAUUUCAGUGAUAUAUUUAUUUUUAAACGUAUAUUUAUUAUCUAGUCAAUGUGCAGAGACAUUACUAGCGGUAUGGGAAUAAAAACAAUGAAGGCUUUUAGCAGGCAAAAAGAUAUUCCCACGCAAGUGCCGCCGCUGACGCCUGGCACGAACAAAACUAUGGCAGAGGCGCUCAAAGCGUCUUUCGCCUCUUGGGAAAAAGAACAAAUAAGAUUAAAUAUUACCAAAGAUCCACGCCAGUGGAGUGAAAAUCACGUAGCCCAUUGGUUACAAUGGGCUGCUAAAGAAUUUUCUUUAGACUGUAUACCCUUAAAUCAAUUUAGGAUGAAGGGUAAAGAUAUUUGUGCGAUGGGAAAAGAUGCGUUUUCCGCAAGGGCUCCUGCGUUUGUUGGAGAUAUCUUAUGGGAACAUCUAGAGCUACUUCAAAAAGAUGUUGAAAAAGAACGAGCUCUCCAUAGCCUCUAUGAACCAAUUUGUGUUCCAGAACUGACGUAUAUUGAUUACACUCAAACUCCGACUGCUCUAUCUCCGACAGAAGAUAGGAAACCAAUUACUGUUAAUCCUCCUCCACCUCAGAAUAAUAACACACCUCCAAACAAUAAUAAUUUCCUUCAUGAAGGAGUUUAUGGCCAACUCCGGAGCCCUGCCUGCCCUCCUCCACCAGAAGAUUUAAGAGACGAUGGAUCUCCGCCUCCGGGUGCGCCUCAAACCAAUUAUCUUCAGCAAUUGCAGAGGAGUCCCGCGUACCACCAUUUAAAAGAAGGUUUUAAAGGAUCGUGUCCUCCUGGCACUGACUCGUCGGGGGGUAAUUUUGGAGCGAUGGAAAAUAACCUGCCAACACUAAACAACGACGAUGGGUCCCAUCUUUUCCCAACUCCACAUUUCUCGCCUGAUGAACAGUAUCAAGCUCUGGAUAGCCAUCAGCAGAAUUACCUAGAUAAUUCACCUGAAUUUUAUUCUAAUCAUAUAUUAGAGCAGAAAUAUAAUCCACAUAGUUAUGUUACGAAAUAUAGAGGUGCUGGACGAUUCAACGACGCAUACUCAGAUACCUACGGAGCGCCGUACGAUACGUUCCAGACCGUGCCCAGUGGUGCCAAUAGUGGGCCGGAACAGUGGGGACAUAACCCCGAAUUAACGUUAGGUCAUCAUCCCCAUACACAUCCUGCAUUUUUAACGGCAGGAAUGACAAGAGAUCAACUGAAUGCAAUCCAAGAUACGAAGCCUAUGAUUCAGAAUGGUAUGAUUACCGGAUAUCCUGGAAAUCCUACCACUGGAGGACCAUGUUUUACAGGUUCAGGACCGAUUCAACUCUGGCAAUUCCUCCUAGAGCUUCUUACCGAUAAGUCUUGUCAAGCUUUCAUUUCUUGGACCGGUGAUGGCUGGGAGUUCAAGCUGACGGAUCCGGACGAAGUUGCAAGGCGAUGGGGUAUCAGAAAAAAUAAGCCGAAGAUGAACUAUGAGAAAUUGUCCCGCGGUCUUCGCUAUUAUUAUGAUAAGAAUAUAAUACACAAGACUGCCGGUAAACGUUACGUUUACCGAUUCGUAUGUGAUCUGCAAACGUUGCUGGGAUACACUCCCGAAGAGCUUCACGCUAUGGUUGACUUGAAGCCCGAAAAAAAAGAAGAUGACUGAAUGGAUAGAUAACCUUCAAAUCUACUAAAAAAAUACAAAAAAAAAUCGAAACAGGCAUUAAUAAAGUUUAAUGCCGUCCGUAUUGUAGUUAAAUACAAUAAUUACUAUAUAGACAUGUUCCAAAUAAACAUAUUUUCUUAUUUGAAAUUUAAAUAGGAAGGUAUAUUGCAAAAAGACAAUGUUACAAGCGAUUUAAUUCAAUAAUUUUUUGAGGGGACGCUACAAAUGUCAAAAUAACAACAAAUUGAUAUCAAUUUUUACGAACAAAUAUACUAAAAUGUCAAUUAUAUAUCGUUAGCCGUGCCAUUUUAAACAGUCGUUUUACUUUCAAGAUACUCCUCAUUCUUGCAAAGCAGUUUCACAUGUAUUAGAUUUUAGAAUAAUAACAUAUUAAUUGUGAAGUCAGAAAUAAUACAGUUCUUUGCAGAGUUCUGUUCAGAACGUAAUGUAUUAAUUUCAACGAACUGUCAAUACUGUAUUGACAGUUCAUUCAUUAAUUUACAGUGAUACUCCUUCCAUUUAGUGAUAGCAAAUACUAUAGACUGUAAUACAUACAACUCUUGACAUUUCCCGUUAAUUUUGAGGAAGCAAAAAAUAGCGCCAUCUAGCGGUAUGAGUAGGAUAACCAGAGCAAUCUAACCUUACAUUUAUAAAAUUGUUUUAUUAUUGUUUUUGUAUAAGUGUUUGAACUAUUUUUAUUUUAAUUUAAUUUAACAAAAUUAGCUCGUUAUUCAAAAAUUUAUAAAAUUAAAUUUGAAUGUUUACGUCAAAUUUUACGUUGUCAAAACGUAGUUCAACUCAAGCUGACAGUGGCGCUAGUGGCAACGUGCUUCCAGAUUUCUGUGUGAGUUGGAUGUAUUACAGUCAAUAGUAUUUGGCGAUACUCCUAUAUCGUGUGGUAUUUUUCUGUUUAUACACACAACCAAACUUAAAAGGAACUAUCUGUCAUUUUUUAUUAUUCCAAGCGAAUUCAAGAAAACAAUAUACGAAUUCAACCAAUGUUUAUUUUAAAACUAUUUAAUGAGCAAUAAUAUAAAAAAUUAAAGAAAACAAUAAAUUCCUGAAAUAACAAAUUAAAACGAUUUGUUUUGAAGUGAGUAACAAAUUUACUUAUUAAGCCUUUGGCCAAUUUUAAUAGAAAAUGAUAGGAAGGUGAAAAACAAUGAUCAUGAUCUAUCCAACCUUUAGAUACUCGAUGUAAAUGUAGAUAGUUACCACUAAAAUUUUAUCUCUAAUGAAUCGUUAGUAGGUAUAACUAUUAAAAUAUUUUUUAUUAUUAUCUUUUAUUAGUUUAUUAUUACGUCUUAGGAAGGAAUCCUAAAUAUGAUAAAUAAAACGCAUACUGUAAACUGAUCUUCAAAUUUUUAUAGAAGUAUAAUUGUUAUUAUUCUAAAAACAAAAUUUAAUGUUGAAGUGUUUUGCAAAUAGUCUAAAAAUUCUUAUUUUCACAUUUUAUACAGAAUUUUUAUAUUAUACACUAAAGGAAAAAUAUUUUUUUAAAAGUUUGUUCUAGAUAAUAAGUGUGAUCGAAAGUUGACAAAUAAAUACUCAAAAUCAAUUUGUUAAUUUUCCGAUGUUAUUAUGCGUUAUUCGCAUCGCCAUAUUUGUAAUCUUUAUACUAUUACCUAUUAUUGCCAAAAUAAUUGAAGAGGGAAAAAUAAAUUCACAAAAAUCGAAUUUGAGAAAAUAUAUUUUCGAAAAUGCUUUUCAAUAUUAUAUUAGAUAAAAACACAUUAGCAUUAGGAUGUUUUUAAAUUUAACAAUAUUUAGCACCAGUAAAUAAAAAAAAAUACAGGUCUCUCGUCAGUUAAAAAGCAGAAAAUGUCUUUUAAAUUUUUAAUUUGAAAGACAGACAAUUUUUUUAAUUAUUCCUGUAAUUAAUAUCUCUCUGUCAGAUAACAUGUAUAAUCUUAACGUAUAUCUACGUCUAAAGUAGUAUAAAAUCCAAGUGAAUCUACUGCUUAAACUCGCAUGGUCAAAAAAUGACGUGGUCCUAUGGAUGAGCAGAACGGCAAGAAAUGGAACUGUUCCGAUGGUAGGUUACGGAAUCAAUUAAAAAUAAGUGUAAACAACGAACAGUAAUAUUUAUUUUAUUUUUGGUUAAAAUGCGUGCUUAUUCAUCUCGUAAGAGGGUUGUUUAUUGUUUUGGUGCAGCGAGGGUGCGUCUGAACUGCCUGCCUGCUGUGACGAUACUGCCUGAGACCACAACACGGUCAUCAUGUUUGCGGUUUUACAAUAUGGCUAGAAAAAUGCAAUAAAUUACUACAUCUGGCGUUUUAAAAGCUCAGAACCUUUCUGUAGCAUUCCCAAAGCGCGUUGACAUAAGGUCUGAUAAAGUAAUUAAUUUAUGGGGAACAGUUCGUUAAACUCGCACCAAAAACAUUAGGGAUACAUUUCGUUUCGUAAAAUUUCUUAGCAUCUGGUUUGUAUAUUAAAUGUGAAUUUUAUAUGACCGUUUUGAGAAAACUUAUUAAAAAAAUUAAAUUAGCAAAAAUAGUAAUUAAAGCGUGUCGCCACAGAACGUUGCGACUCGGUGUUACUCAUUCCAUUGAAGCUGGAGGAUAGACAGAAACUAUGGUAAUAAAAUAGUUAACCAUAUUGUUUUACAGUUUUGUGUGAGCACAAUCCUAGUUGCAAGAAACCAGAAGAAAUGAUUGGCACAUAUAAUAUCUACAAUUCAUUACCACGACAAUUAAGGCAUAUAUCCCAUUGUUUCACAAACUGAUUUAUACCGUGCUUAAAGAAUUCUUGUAGCUGUUGCUCAAAGAAUUAUUUUAUGGCAUUUUGUACUUUGUCCGACUGAAAACGACCACCUUUUAAUGCUUUUUUCUCUGGCCUAAAGAUUUGAAAAUCACUGAAAUAAAUCUGGACUAUAGGGUGGAUGCUCUAAUAUCCUCUAUUUCUUUUAUUGUAGAUUUUCUUUCAAUUCUUUGGCAACAUGAGACCAAACAUUGUCGUGCAAAAUGUGAGAUUUGCUUGAUGGAGCUUGUUCAAAGUUUCAUUAUACAGGUUUGCGUUGUUCAUUAUACAGAUUGUUAACACCAAAUGCCAUUUUUAGUCACAAUACUUAAAAUCGCAGUUAAAUACAAAUAGUAGGAAUUGAUCAAUGUGACGUUUACGAACUUUACUAACAUUGCAGAACGUCAGUUGAGUGAUAACUUUCCAAGAGUAACCUAACCAAAGAUGGGUUUCAAUUGAAGAGGCGUUUAAAUUAAAAAAAUAUUGUUAUCUAAAAUUCUGCACCUUCGACCGUUGGCAAUGUUCUUACAGACGGAGAGGCAGCGCUGAAAAAUCUCUUUGAAUUUACUAAAGCUAAAUUUUUCACAUUUGAUUACUGUGAUUGUGUAGAGUAACAUACUGCGGUCGGUCAAGCGAAACGUAGAACAGGGGUUACUGAGAGGGUAUCAAAGUUGCUUUCCUACGAAGGUAAUGCAAUCAAUUUAGUAUGGCUGAAAAUCAGUACACACAUUCUAAAUUAAAUAUAAAUAAAAGUUAUUAUAGUCGGUCAGCUGUAUGACGGGACAGAGCCGGUCGGUCGAACCCAAUGAAUGUACAGGGUUAUUCACUAUAUUUUGACCCCCUUGUAAACUGCUUUAUUUACAGAAUUAGAAAAAAAUGUAAAAUACAAAAGUUAUUCGAUUUUCAAAUUAUGCCUUUUUGCCAUAUAUAUCGUACUAGUGACGUCAUCUUAUAAAUAAGAAAAUAAUGAAUUUAUUAACUUUUCGACGCCCAUGUCGGGUGUCGUUGUCAAAAUACAAAAUAAUACUAAAAGUAAUAAUAAAAAUGUAUUUUACAUUUUUUUCUAAUUCUGUAAAUAAAGCAGUUUACAAGGGGGUCAAAAUAUAGUGAAUAACCCUAUACAUUCACUGGGGCCGACCGACCGGCUGUCCCGUCAUACAGCUGACCGACUAUAAUAACUUUUAUUUAUAUUUAAUUUAGAAUGUGUGUACUGAUUUUCAGCCUUAGUGAAUGGAUUGAAUUACCUUCGUAGGAAAGCAACUUUGAUACCCUCUCAGUAACCCCUGUUCUACGUUUCGCUUGACCGACCGCAGUAUGUUUCUCUACACAAUCACAGUAAUCAACUGUGAAAAAUCUAGCUUUAGUAGAUUCACAGAGAUUUUUCAGCGCUGCCUCUUGGACUAUUAUUUUUAAUAUAACUAUCCAUCCCAAUACGCUAAAAUGUAAAUAUUUGUGUGAAAGUUUAUUACAUUAUCCCAUUAUUAAAAUUUAUCCUUCUCGUGGAUAUGUGUACAAUUUUUCUCUAAUUCAGAUGUAAAAAUGUUUCGAAGAUAGAUUUUAAACUCAAAGAAAUACCCAAAGUUAUAGAUAUGGCGAUCGAUAACGAAAUUUUCUUAAGAUGUUACUUGUCUUAAACUCUCCCCUACCUGCACAAAUGAAAUCAUCAAAUAAGGAUAUUAAUCAACAACUGUGUGAUUCUAAGAUAAUAAUUAAAGUUAAAUUUUUGGUUAAAUGAAUGUAUAGUAUCACUUUUUUGUGGUGUUUUCUCUGCUUGUGAACAAAAUACGGUUAAAUGUUAAAACUGAUCAAAGACGAGAAGAAAAAACACCUUGUAAAUAUUAUUACUAUUGUGAUAAGUCUAUUGAAUCAAAGUUUAUAUUGUGAAGAUAAUGAGUCUUUUGUGAAAUACAUGUUGGCAGUUCAGAAAUUUAAAAAAAUCAUUUUAAAAUUAUUUACAGUUGUAUUUUGCCUUCGUCUGAAAAAUAGUCAACAGUUUAGAAAAAAUUACAGUACUUUACUUGUUUCUGUAAUAAAAUAACAUCUAGUUCAUAGUAUUUGCAGACUGUUUUAAUGGUAUUAAGUUCUACAAAAUAUUUAUUACCAUCUACUCCGUCCAAUUCAUUUUAUUACUUUAUAUUUGAUUAGCAUGUUUAAAAAAUAGAAUAAAAUAUAGUUAAUCGAUAAUUCUCGAUCAAAAUUCAAAUGUUGAAAGAUUAAUCAUGACAACUUAUGUUACAGAAACAAGAGGUAUUCAUUGUUUUCAGUGUAGAUACACCUCUCAAGUGCUCUAAACAAUUCAAUACUGUCUCGGUAGUUCUCUACAAGGUCACAAUACACCUCUAAGGGCUCUACACAAUUCGUUUGUUUGUACGCACAUUAAAAAACGUAUUUCUGUCCGCUUUCUCGGCAACACCUUUUCAAAGAGUAAAGGCUUUUGUUGCCGGUGUUGAGGAGGUUUUUGUCCUAUCCAAUUGCACCUUUUCAAAUCUGUUAUGGUCCUCUAUCUCUAGAUUAGAUGCUAUAGUCUGAUCCUGUUUAAAAGGUCUAAUAACUUUGAGGCUCAACAUUGUAGGUGCCGGUGGCUUUUAUUCGCCUAAUGCAAAGAACCGCGCAUUUUCCAGGCUGUCACACUGACAUAAAACAUGGACUCUCAUGGACAACUGAAACAUGGACUCUAAAAAAAUCGAUAGAAGAUCGAAGCCUUUCAAAUGCCGGGAGAGAACACAGAACCAACCUGUCAAUUCUGGAAGAGUUUCCUAUAAGAGACAGGCUAUGUUUGUUUACUAGCAGGUAUUGAACGAAACAAGUAAUAAAAUAAAACACAAGCAAUAAACACUAAUUACAACACCUGCUUAUAAAGUUUAUCCCUUCUGAUGGCCAAUAUUGAGAGAAAGCGGAAUUUCUCCAUAAGCGCAAUACAAUAAUAAUACACAAAUUCAAAUUGGUUUGUUGCUAAAUAUUUCAAAAAACAAUAAAGGAUAAUAAAGGCAAUAAAAUUUAGGUUAAGCUUACCCCGUCUGGCUGGAGACACAACUACCGAAAAAACAAACGAACGAAUUCGAUGUUACAUGUCUGUACACAUUCGGGUUUUGAAGGCAUCUCGUCCCUUAUCUCUUAGGGAAAGAAUUUUUGGAUUUCAAGUGGUCCGAUCCUCUUCUUCGCGACACAUGUGAAUUUCGAUAACAUGCUCGACAGGAACAACACCGGCGUCGGCAAGGGAAAAAAGGGACAUGAUUCCGAACUAUUUAAACAACCAAAUCAAUUUUAUGGGAUUUCCAACAGGCUAUUUAAAAAAGUAAACCCAGCCUCCCUAGGUGGAACUAUUGGUAGUAGAGGGAAAGACUCGUUUGAUUCUUAAAUCUCAUAUGGUGUAUCUCUCAACUAAAGUCAAAUCAAACAGACUUGAAUUUACUGGAGAGAUACAACAGAGAAUAGUCUUCACAGUUUUGGGAAAGUACAUCGGAUACCAUUUAACGCCAUCUUUACGGACUUAAUAUUUCUUUUCAUUAUUCUGCUCUUUUCCGAACAUUUCAUUAUAUAUUUGUUUAUAAACUUCUUCACCAUACUGGCACUAGGUUAAACAACUGUAAUCUAUUAGAUUUACAAAAGAAAUAGAACAUUAAUUUUCAAUACGUCGCUUUUUCAUUAUAAUGUUUGCCGCAGUUGUGAAAGAAACAGGACGAGGGAAAUAAUUCUGGACGAGUCUUUAUAGAUCCAGAAAACAAUGUUUUAUUACAAAACACUGGCCUUAAAAGUAUUAUUGAUUAAGGACACUAGUCGUGUCUUCUUCUUCUUGUAGUUCCUUCUCUUAUCGGAGGUUGGCUAUCAUCACAGCUAUCCGUACCUUAUUGGCGGCUGCGCUGAAAAGAUCUACUGAGCUGCGCCUAUACAUACUACUCUCUUAGGUUUCUCAGCCAGGAAAUUCUUAGGCUUCCUAUGGAUCUUUUACCCCUAAUUUUACCUUGCAUUAUGAGCCUUACAAUCUCAUAUUUCGCACCUCUGGUAAUGUGGCCUAAAUCUUCCAGCUUUCUUAUUUUGAUGUUCUUUGAAACCCUUUCUAAAAUUGUAAAAAUUAAUUGAAGUUUUCUUCUAGGAAUUGAAUUUUCUACCUAAUUUUCUGCAUACUCGUACAAAAUUAUUAUUAUUAUUUAUAUGAUAGCCACAGGUGCAGUACAUCAAAAAAUAAUUAAUAUACAUUAAAAAACUGAUUGCGUAAAAGAAAUAUUAAUUAUUACUAAACUUGUUGACUUAUUUUUUCGACGAUUCGUUUUGUUACUUGACAUUUUGUCAGCCUGCAAUAUUUUCAUUAAACUUUGUUCACCGUUUAUAUUGAUAAAGUUAUUUUUUAUACAUGUGGUCUCAACACUAAUCUGGUUUUUAGUGGGAUCAUUCUGAUUUUUUUACGGUACAAUUGUUACGAUUCUAUAAAAUUUAGACCAACUUACUAAUAAAGUCGAAAUUCAAUAUGAUUGUCAAAGUAUCGCUUAAAAAUGAUAGACUCUGGAGGGGCCCGAGACGAGAGACGAGUGUAGUUCAAUGACGGCAUGUUAAAAAAAAAGAAAAAUAACGGCUAAUUAUAUAGCCGCUUCGCAUCAGGUGUUUACUAAAUACAAAAUGUCUUUCCUGACGAUCCUAUUGAAUUUGAACUAGGUAUAGCUGUUCUGUAGCAUUAAUAAGAAAAAUACGUUUUAUAUAUAGCUACGUUUUCGGAAAAUUGUCUGAUAUAAUAUAGAAUUUGACCAGAUAAAGUUAUUGUUAUUCUUGUAUAAGAAUCAUGAAUUGUAUUUCCACUUCUAACCAGAUAUUUUUUGCAAGUAUGUUUAAGGUUUAAGUUAUUUUUAAAUUCGAACACGAGCGUUUAAAAAUACAGUAGCAGGUCUCGUUGUAUGGGAUCGUCUUUCUGUAUUUAUCUUUGUGUUUAUCAUACAUAUAAUUAAUGUACUAAAUGAAAUGUUUCAAUAAAAAUAUAUUGGUUUUA